AUGGAGUACCUCUCUAGAUGCUUAUUUGAGCUAACUAAGUUUCCUGAUUUCAAUUUUCAUCAAAGAUGUGAAAGACUCUCAAUCACUCAUUUAAUGUUUGCUGAUGAUCUUCUGUUAUUCACUAGGGCAGAUGAGUGUUCUGUUAGGCUCAUGUUUAAAGCUUUUCAGAAGUUCUCUAGAGCUUCAGGCCUUGAGGCUAAUCUGUUAAAGAGUGAAGUUUAUUUUCGAGGGGUUAGCACUGAAUUACAGAAUACCCUUCUUGAAAGUCUAGGUAUGUUUGCUGGUGCUAUCCCUUUCAAGUAUCUUGGUGUCCCUUUAUCUUCAAAAAAAUUGACAAUUCAACAAUGCAAGCCUCUAGUUAACAAGAUUGCAAGUAGAAUUGAAGGGUGGGCUUCAAGAUUCUUGUCCUACUCUGGAAGUUAUUAUUUCAGAUCAGUUAACUUCUGGGAUGCUGAUAUCCCUAAGAAAAGCUCCUGGGUUCUCAGGAGGAUUUUGAAAUACAGGGAGUUAAUUGAUGAGAUUGGAGGGUGGGAUUCUAUUUUGAAGAAUAAUAGGGUUCAAAUUAAACUUAUCUACAAGAAUCUCAGGCAGCAAAGUCCAAAAGUCCCCUGGAAAAGACUUAUCUGUAAUAAUGGUGCUUCUCCAAGAUGCAUUUUCAUUCUCUGGCUUGCUAGUUGGAAUAGGUUGCUCACUAAAGACAGAGUUCUUAAAUGGAACCCCAGCUGUGAUCUUGUGUGUAUGCUAUGUUUGCAAGAAAAUGAAGAUGUCCAUCACCUUUUCUUUCUCUACACUUUUUCUAGAAGAAUUUGGGGAAAGGAUUUGCAGCUCUUAAAAUGUAAUAAACCCGUUCAAGGAUUUAAUCAGGAACUGGAAUGGGCUAUCAAGUACAGUAGGAAGUCAACUUUAACAGCCAGAUUUCAUGAAUGUGGUGUACAUUGA